AUGCCUAGACACGUGCCUGUGUCUAUUCCCAGGGGAUUGGAUUUGAGAAGGUCGCAAUAUGGUGGCGGUACGACAUUGAAUAGUACUACUACUACUGCCAAUAUUGUGGUGGAUAAAAUGAAUGCUGUCCCUGGAUUUCUAGCUAGUGCUGCUUUCUUUACUUUUCUUCGAGCAAAUCUGGUCCUACCACCAUCAACACUCAAUUCUACAACCUCAACUCCAAUUCUGGGCGCAUCAUUUUCUCACAAUCUUCCACCACUGCGCCCAUCAUCUCUCGCAACUAUGUCGUCCAAUAUCGAUGACGAUACCAUUGUUCCCGAUCCCCUCGACGGCGUUCCCUCUCUCACAACUACCACGUUAGACACCGAAGAGGAUAAAACGAAAGCUCUAAAACUAGUCGCAGAUUCUAUUGCCCAACAGCGUCAAAUCGCUGCUCAAGCAUUAAUCUUUCAUCCUCUUACUCUCACUUUUUACGCAUUAAUAAUUGGAAUUGUUACAAAAUGGCAAUACACAGACACCAGCGAUUUGGGAUUGCUUGGAACCACACUAGCAGGAGUUACAAUGGCAUGUUUGGUAGCAGUUCGCGCUGCCUCUGCAGGGUAUUUGCACACGGCUGAGGAGUUCAAUUGGAGUUUUGCCAAAAAUGAUGAAGGAGAGGAAGAUGUUAUUAUUGGAUCUCGAUAUGGGGAAGAACUCAUUGGAGCACUUAUCUUGCGCAUUGAACGAGCUCCUCAUGUAAAUGGUUCGCCAAGGAAAGGAAAAAGUGGGAAGAAGGGAGGGAAAGGUGUAAUCAGGGCAUGGACUACAAGAGUAAGGUACAGAGGUACAGGCGUGGGAACAGAGAUGUUGGAGGAGGCUGUUAGGGUAACGAGAGCGAAAUUUGGAAAUUCCGCAGAGGUGGGUUUUGCUAAAGAACAUGCAAAUGCGAAGAUGAUAUUGCCGGAAACGUUCAAUGGGGAGUUCAGGAAGAGGGAGAGACGGGCUGCAGGAGCAUUGGAAGCGGUGGUCGAGGGUGGAAGAGGAAAGAAGAGGUAG